UGUUACAUAAUCCAUCCACUCGUAUAUUUUCUUCUUUCCCCGCUCCACCCCACGCAUACUCUCUCUCUCUCUCUCUCUCUCUUUGGGAACACCAAGAAAAAAUAAAUUCGCCGUGUCUAACCUUAGUAUGCUCCCCCAUGGGAAAUUUGAACCGUACAAUUUCUGUGUGUGUUGUGUCUGUUCGGUGCUUUUGAACAAAAGGAGAAUAAUUUCUUUUUUUUACCUUCUGCGUCGCCUCUAUAUAUAAUAAGGCUGCUCUCUGCUGAUGGGUGGACAGUAUCGCAGAACAGCUUUCUCAACAACCCCAAUGGUCACUCUCAUAACUUUUGCUACCACUGUGCUCGCUGCUACUGCUGCUUUGAGCAGUGUGCAUGCUAAACCUGCUAGGGACGAUCCUUUCCACAGACAUACCAUUCGCGCAAAGGGUAUCGAAGCCUCGUUCAUUGAGUAUGGCGCGACGAUCACGAAUCUGUGGGUCGAUGACAAGCACGGUAAGCCCACCGAUAUCGUGCUUGGUUGGGACGAUACCACCCAAUUCAACCUGCAACCCGGCAUCCCUGGAUUCUUAGGAGCUGUUGUUGGCCGCUACGCUAACCGCAUUCGCAAUGGAACCUUCUCGAUCGACGACACCGAGUACCAUACCCCACUCAACGAGAACGACAUAACUACUCUGCAUGGCGGCGACAUGGGUUUCAACCGCUUGAACUGGACUCUUUUGGACAAGGGCAAAAGUGAUAUCAGCUUUGGUCUGGUUUCUGAGGAUGGCGACGAAGGUUUCCCAGGCACCGCGCAGAUCACGGUAAAAUACUCUGUCAAUGAUAACCAAGAAUGGCACGUCGACUAUGAGGGCACCUCUGACAAGGACACGAUCAUGAUGCUGUCCCAACACACCUAUUGGAACUUGGAUGCGUUCAGAACGAGCGACACCGUUGAGGACCAUGUGAUGCAGAUCGCGUCGGACCAGUACAUAAAGACCGACGGCAGCUUGAUCCCCACCGGCGAAUUUGGCAAUGUGGAGGGCACGGCUCUCGACUUCCGCUCCGCCAAGCCGAUCGGCCAGGACUUGCAAGAGGCAACUGAAUGCGGGUUCGACUGUGUAGGUUAUGACAACUGCUGGAUAUUCUCUGACCCGAACCCUGAUGAAUACCAAGUGACGGUGCAUGCUCCCAGCACAGGCAUCCAAAUGGCCGUCAAGACGGACCAAGCAGCCCUGCAGUUCUACUCGUGCGGUGGUCUGGAUGGCACCUUGCCUAUCAAGAAGAAGAAGCAUCAUCAUCGCCACCAUCUCGAGAGCCGCUGUGAGCACGAGCAAGAAUACGUCCAAAAGUACGGCUGUCUUGUGCUCGAGACCGAAAACUACAUUGAUGGCAUCAACAACCCUGAAUGGGGCGAGGAGUACACUGGUUUGCUCCGUGCCGGCGACGAGUACACGCAUCACGCAGAAUACCACUUCUCAAUCCAUAACGGCGAUUAACGAAUUUCCUUUCUUCUUAUGUACAAAUUUUAUUUUUACUAUUUCGAAACUUUUAAUCAAUAAAAGAAAAUAACCUAUUUCGAC